AUGACUGAGGUUAGCUCGAACCGCUUAGCGUUUCUGUCCCGUUUUGAACUUCACUGGGCAGCUGUACUGGAUGCGCUGAUUGCGAUGCGCAAGGCGUGGGGCAACCCGGCUGCCCUGCAGACGUGGCAGGGGGAGGACCCGUGCCUGGGGCAGUGGAGGGGCGUCACCUGCACUGACCGCACUGGAGACAGCUCCGAGAAGCUCUACGUGAAAGCGCUAGAACUCUCCGGCAUGCGACUAUCAGGGCCGCUGUCAACCAAGCUGGGAAAGCUUCUGAAGAUUGAGAAGAUCGAUUUGUCAAACAACCGUUUCUUUGGCUCGAUUCCGCGGACCAUUGAGAACCUGCGAGGCCUGCAGCACCUGGACCUAUCGUUCAACUUGAUAACCAGCAACAUUCCUUCAAGAAUCAAAUUCUGCCAGAAGCUGACAUACCUCGACCUGUCAGCCAACGAUCUGAGCGGCACCAUCCCUGCCACCCUCGCACAACUCACCAACCUGCAAUCUCUCAACCUGGGCACCAACGAAAACCUCAACAGCACCAUUCCACCGGCCAUCACCGCUCUCAGCUCCCUGCAAGACCUCACGAUGAGCGAGUGCAACCUCAACGGGCAGAUCCCAGAGGACAUUGGGAAUCUCGUGGGACUAACUAAGCUAGCUUUGGAGGAGAACAGCUUGGAGGGGUCGAUUCCAGACUCCAUCACUCAACUCACCAGCCUGCAGCACCUGUCGCUAAGUUUCAACCAUCUCAAUGACACGGUUCCAGAAGGAAUCGGAGCAUGCACCGCCCUAACCACUCUCAUGUUGGAUCACAAUAAUCUCACGGGCAAGGUGCCAUCUGCAAUAGCGUCGCUGCCCAAGCUAACCUACCUGCGCAUGCAGUACAACCAGCUCUAUGGUGCACUGGGCCUCGAGUUCAAAGAGCAUCUCAAUGCCUUCAAGAACAACCCGCAGCUCUGCGUCAUGUUCACAAAGGACGGCCGGUGCCGCCCAGUGCCAAUGGACCCGCCGCCCCUGCCGCCCGUGAACAGUAUCGUGCGCAAGCCGUGCGCAGUUGGGCAGGUGCAGCUGUGCCACUGCGACAACGGAUGGCCGGGGGAGAGUGUGUGCCUGCCUGGAGAGGGAUACGCUCCGUGCCAAUGCCGUGAACAGCACUUUGACGCGCAGGGAGAUGACGACCUGUCCCCAGCGUGGAUCGUGGCUCUCUCGCUGCUCGCAGCCAUCAUGCUCACAUCGCUUCUCAUCUCCUGCAUCUACUGCAUCCGCAACCGCGCCCACAACAAGCGCACAGGCCAGACGGGCUGGGGCUGGAGUGCGUCCAGCAAGUCCAGAGCCUACCAGCACCUGUCCGUACCUCCAACCACGGCCACCUUCUCCCAGGCGCUGGACCCCGAUGAUGCCUACAACGUGGCAGCAGGGGUGCACCCUGCUUCCUCUGCUUCCGCUGCUGCAGGCUCCUCUGGCCUUGCUGCUGCCACCUCCCCCUCGCCCUCUGCUGCCAUGGCCUUUGCCAUGAAGUUUGGUCGCUCUAUGACUGUGGGCGCCUCGCAGUCUCUCAGGCCCUUCUCUCUGGAGGAGCUGCAGCUCGCCACGGGCAACUUCUCUCCGGAUCACCUCUUUGCUCAACGGGAGCACAGCCUCCUCACAUACAGGGGCAUGCUUCCAGACCGCAGCUUCAUAGCGGUGGCUCAGGUGGACGUGCUCAACUCAGAGCCCAGGGAGACCUUUGCCGCUGCACUCGACGUGUUUGCGCGCAUGCAGGCCGGGGGAGCUGCAGGGGGGGAGGGGGGUGGCGGUGGGGAUGGGAGCAUGCUGCUCAAGGUGUUGGGGUUCUGUGCGGAUUAUUUGAGAGGCAGCCGCAUGAUUGUGUACUCUCUCCCGCCUGGUGCUGCCACCCUCGAGACAUAUUUGCACGACUCGUUGGACCGGGUGCUGCCAUGGAACGUGCGGGUGUCCAUCGCCAGGGAUGUGGCGGAGGGGCUGCGCUUCCUGCACUCCCUCAACCCGCAGAUGACCCACCAGGACCUCACAUCGACAUCAGUGGUGGUGGCACAGGACUCAACAGCCUAUCUCUCUGACUACUGCCUUCAAUCCCUUGAGCUCCUCGCUUCCAAGCCCUCUGCCAUGCCCGCUUCCUCUGUGGCGCUAGCAGCAGGAGCAGUGGCCCCCGAGCUGGCAUGGGUGCAUGAGAGCACGGCGCGCACUGACAUUUACGCCAUGGGUGUGCUGCUGCUGGAGCUCAUUACCGGAAGAAGGCCUCUCGACCCCUCCCUGCCGCCCACCGAGCAGUCACUCGUGCGCUGGGCGAAGCCGAAGCUGUUGGACCGGGCUAAGGUGGAGGGCAUGGUGGAUCCGAGGCUGCAGGGUAGCUUCGCCCUGCCGGCGCUGGUGGAAAUGGUCAAGCUUGCCUCGCGCUGCCUGCUGCCCGACCCUGAGGUUCGGCCCACUGCAGCGGCGGUGGUGGAGGUGCUCGAUGCACUCGUGGUGCCGGGCGCUGGGGAGGAGUUUGGCAACGGCGGGGCCUAUCCGCACCGGAAGGAUUUCUUCAUGGCAGCUCUUUCUUCGGCCGCGACACGGCUCCCUUCCUCCAGCCUUGCAUCCAUUUCUGGAGUUUCCGGAAGUAACUUACAGACGAAGAGUGCUGCUAGCGUAGCGGGGAGUAGCAGGGAGUUCCGACAAGUUGCUCGUGCUGAGAUGGGAGGUGGUGACCAGCCUUCGAGCUCCCAGGCGGCGGCGUCGUCAUCUAGCGACAUCCGGGCACCUGAAAACUUUGUGCCGCCCGAGCCUAAGCCAUUCUCCGUGGCGAGCGGCCAGCUGGGCGCCGUGAUUGGCGCAUCUCUGCCGAUCCUCUUCCGCCUCGGCACGGGCGUGUUCAGUGAGGGGUACAAGGCCAAAGUGGAGUCCUCGUCUGCAGUGAAGGACGAGGAUUAUGCACUGGGGCCAGUCAUGGGGUACAAGCUGGUGGAAACCACCACAGGCGAGCUCAAGCCAGCGACCAAGCCCAUCGAGCUCUACGAGUUCGAAGGCUGUCCGUUCUGCCGCAAGGUCCGUGAGAUGGUAUCAGUGCUCGACCUAGACGUGCUCUUCUACCCAUGCCCCGUCAAUGGCCCCACUUACCGACCCAAGGCCAUAGAAAUGGGCGGCAAGAGGCAGUUCCCUUACAUGGUGGAUCCCAACACGGGAGUGAGCAUGUACGAGUCGGAUGAAAUCAUCAAGUACCUCGCCAACACUUACGGCAAUGGAUCCAUCCCUCUCAUGCUCCAGCUCGGCCCUAUCACUUCCAUAACUGCAGGUCUAGCAAAUAUUGGCCGCAUGAUGAAGGGAAGCCGCUACGUACCGGCAAAAAUGCCGCCUCAGCCAUUGGAAGUGUGGGCGUAUGAGCCAUCCCCCUUCUGCAAGCUGGUGCGGGAAGCCCUGUGCGAGCUGGAGCUGCCGCACAUCUACCAUGCAACACCAAGAGGCAGUCCCAAGAGGGAGGCACUCAAGAAGAGGAUCGGUCGAUUCCAGGCCCCUUAUCUUGAAGACCCCAACACCGGAAACCAGCACCCAAUUUCAAAGGUGCAGGUUUCGGCAUAUGAAUAA